ACCAAAAACAGAAAACGUUAGUUUCUGUGUCAUGACUUUAGCUCGGAGAUGCGUUUUCCAACACCAUAAUGCGGCGUUACAUACGCGCGCUGCUGCUGUGCACGGUGUUCGCCGUGUUUUCGGGCUUGUACGUUUACAGCAAGCUGUUUAACACGGACGCCUCGGCCGGAGGACCCGGCGCGAGGAGGGCUUUCAUCCCGCAGAGAGGCACCGGAGGCAGGCGGGGCUCCGCGGCCAGAGCCGGGCCCCAGAAACCCCACUGGUACAAUAGGUAUAUCAUGCGUCAAAGCGGGCAUACAGAAGGUGCGGCGGGGAGCGGCGUUCGAAGGGGACCCGAGCCCACAAUGCACCUGGCCGUGGUGGCCUGCGGCGAGAGGCUUGAGGAGACCCUCACCAUGAUCAAAUCCGCUGUGCUUUUCAGCGUCAAGCUCCUCCACUUGCACAUCUUCGCUGAAGAUCAGCUCCAUGCCAGCUUCGUAGAGACUCUGGAGUCGUGGCCCGAUUCGUUCCGCUCGAGGUUCAACUACACCGUGUACUCCAUCAGCUUCCCCAGCGAGAACGCCGGCGAGUGGAAGAAGCUCUUUAAACCCUGUGCUUCUCAGAGGCUCUUCCUACCCCUGAUCUUAAAGGACAUCGACUCGAUCAUGUACGUCGACUCCGACAUCCUCUUCCUUCAGCCUGUCGAUGGCUUAUGGGAGUUCCUGUCCCAGUUUAGUCCUUCCCAGCUGGCGGCCAUGUCCCCUGAGCACGAGGAGCCCCGCAUUGCCUGGUACAGCCGCUUCGCAAGGCACCCUUUCUACGGGAGGACGGGUAUCAACUCUGGGGUCAUGCUUAUGAACAUGACAAGAAUGAGAAGCACCUUUUUCAAGAACGAUAUGACCCGCGUGGGACUGCGCUGGGAGGAGCUGCUGAUGCCUCUCCUUCAGAAAUACAAACUGAAUAUAACCUGGGGAGACCAGGACCUUCUCAAUAUUAUUUUUCAUCAUAAUCCCGAGUUUCUGCUGGAGUUUCCAUGCAAGUGGAACUACCGCCCUGAUCAUUGCAUAUACGGCAGCAACUGUGCCUCCGCUGAGGAGGACGGUAUCUACGUCUUGCACGGAAACAGGGGGGUUUACCACGACUACAAACAACCGGCUUUCAGAGCCGUUUACGAGGCAAUAAAAAAGUAUUCUUUUGGAUCAGACCCGGUCCCCUCUCUGUUGGAUCCUUUGACGGAGGAACUACUGAAGACGACUCACACCUACUGUGGCAAAUCCAAUGCACUCUUUACCAAGAGACUAGCACUCAGUCUGGAGAACAUAAACAGGAAAGCUCCACGUGGACGAUGACGUCUGUGGUAAAGUUGAGUUGCAACGCGGUUUGGUGAACCAGCUGACAGAACUCUCAAAUCACACAACUUUGUGAUGACAGGCGAUGAUGCAGUGAAGAUUUGACAUUCUAUUGGAGAACAGCUCCUUGGAGCUCCGAAAGCCAGCUACGAUUAUGACAAAUAUGUUACAGUGGUAUCUUACUUCUUGUAAGAUUCUCUGGAUAAGCGUAUGGAGUAAAACCACUGCUGCAAACAGAACAGUCCAGAACAAAUAUGUUACAGAUGUAUAAAUACUUGAUUAGCUGUCUAAUCAAGUAUUUGUUUUAGUGGCAGUAUUUUGGAAAAUUGACACCUCAAAAGCAUUUUUUGAUGUGGCAAGCCUCUUCCAUGGAGGAAAUGGAAAUCUACUUGAUGUACUUAGUUCUAAAUCUGAUUGAAAGUGUAAAAACUAAGAAGAAGAAAGGCACUGGGAUUUCCAUACUGGAGAAUUUAUUGAACUUUUAUUAAAAGAACAUUGGAACCACUGGAGAAGUGGAUAAAAGAUUUUGAUAUCAGUGUGCAAUGGACCACUUUUUUUUCUUUUUUUUUUUAUAGCUUUCAGAAAUUACUUAAACAAGGAACCAACUAAGUUUUAGUUUAGUUUUUUUUCUUUUUUUUCUUUUUUUUUCAAAAGGUUGAAGGAUAAUUGAAGAAAGAGCGAGUUGCAGCGGCUGAAACAUUAAAAUUACAAUUUUUGAUACUCAAAGCAAAGCAAAACGUUUUGAAAGUUUGUGAAUAUUCUCUGUAAGUUCCGUCUAUUCGGAGAGUCGCAACCGUCUGUCAUUAUCAGAGCAAACAUGCUGGCAUUAGCCUCUCGCUUCAAAAUUCACUAGCAUUAAAAAUGGAAUAAAACACAAGUUUAUUUAGGACUGUAGCUGUGGAGUCAGUUGUAUUUCUAAAAUAUAAAUGCUUAAGCUAAUCAUACUUCCAGUGACACAAUGUUAGAAUAUUACAACAUUGUGUCUAAAUAAUCUAUGUCGGAGAUGCUUGAGGCUGUCUUGUAAUGAAUAAGAGAAACUUCAGUGUCUGGAACAUCAUUUUACGAGUGAGUUAAGCGCUAUGCUGUUGGAAUACUAAUGUAUGCCAGAUAAUACUGACAAAACUGUUACUUUACCGCUUAUAAAUUGAUUUUAAUUAUAUGUCGGUCUGAGUCUAGGGCUGGUAUCAGGGACAGAUUAUCCUGAUCUUGACAUGCCAAUCUUAAAUACAUGUCUCUUAGAGAAUGUCUUAGCAAAAGUGACUGUACGUUGAAAAUGUUUGAAUAUUUAGCAGCUCUUUACUUGUUGGUGUCACAUUACCAAAUCAGAUGUUUUAUAUAUAUCUUUAUAUGCUGAAAAUGUGGGCAAAGUACCAAAAUGGAAAUUCUACCCCUUCAAAGUUUUCGUUUGCAAUGUGAUUUAAAAAAAAUUUUUUUUUACAGUUUUAAAAGAAAUGUAUAUAUAUAUAUAUAUAUAUAUAUAUAUAUAUAUAUUCAUAGCUAUUGUGUUAAUAAUGUGUUUUAUAAAUAAUGUCUUAAUUAGCAUUCAGGUGUAAAAUAAGAAGACAGUUGAAUGUGUGUGCGAACAACCCACUUCUGAUACCAAAGACUUGCUUCUGUAAUGAAAGUUUGUGCACCACUGAAUGUAUUUCAUGUUGUAAGGGGUUAAAUGUGUUUUAUUCAAUGUUUCUGGGUCUCCAAUGUCAGAUUUUUUGUGAUUUCAUAAACAUUUGAAUUUUUUUUA